AUGCCCGCCAAAGAGUCCCCAAACCGGGGGUCUUUUGAAAUCCUUUCUCAAGCAGCAGAGGCACCAUGCGACGGUACUCAAGUAUGGUAUGAAGAACCUAACGAGCGUUCGAACCACAAGUGCCCCACGAAAAUUGAGCCAAAUGUACUGUCAGUAGUGGAAACAGAUCCAGGAUCCAAUCCGAAUCGAAAAUAUACGGGUUUGAAGGCUAGCAAUCAAACCAAAUCGAAAGAUUCAGUCGAUGCUCUCUUGAAGAAAAUCGCCAUCUCUUUGGCUGACAGCUGGAUCUCUGAAGCACUUGGUUGCGCCGUAGCUAUCAUUGCGUUAAUCUGCCUCAUAUCGGUCCUCCGCCAUUUUGACGGCUCCGUCUGGACGAACCUGCCGCUUCACAUCUCCAUCAACGCAUUGGUCGCUGUACUCGCUGCGGUGAUUAAGGCUUCAAUUCUUUUACCAGUCGCUGAAGGGAUAAGUCAGCUAAAAUGGCAAUGGUUCUCCGAUAUCAAGCCAUUGACUGACUUCGAUAAAUUCGACCGUGCCAGCAGAGGACCCUGGGGGUCUCUGCUGCUUGUCUUCCACUUACAAAGUCGUCAUCUCGCUGCCCUCGGUUCCUGGAUCACAAUUCUUGCGCUUGCUAUAGAUCCAUUCACUCAGCAAAUUCUUCGCCCAAUAUCUUGUCAGAAAGUCUCCACAAACUCAGUAGCGCGCAUACCCCGCGCAAUGAACAUGAUAGGGAUAGGAUUCCAUACUGGUGGGGGUACAGCAGUCCUCAGCCCUGAAAUGGCUGCGGCGAUUUAUAUUGGCCUCAUCAGCGAGCAGAGUGUUACUGAGUAUGAGUGCUCUACUGGUAAUUGCACCUUCCCAUCGGCACCCGGAUCGAAUGCAAAUUUCCAAACCUUUGCUAUGCAGUCAUCCUGCGUGGAUGUUACGAACGAGACGAGGCGCAUUCAGCAGUCGUCAGUAUACUACAUACCCAGAUUGGGUAAUUUCUCGACGGGAGUCGGAGUUGACAUAACUCCUCAAAUACUUCGAACCACAUCGACUGGCCAUAAAAGACUGCAAUUCCCAGAGUAUUGGCCUUCAGGUGCCGAAGAGUCAACCCUCUUUAGCUUCACUGUUCAUACCCUCACUGUGGACUGGGCGCACGCCAAUACUUCAAAUGUUUUCUUUAAAGACGUUGUCCAUCCUUUCGCCACAGAAUGCCGUCUAUGGCCGUCUAUUCAAACUAUCGAAUCAAGCAUCCAGCUAUCCAAUUUGAAAGAGACCGUUUUGUCGGCAGAACCAGUAUCGGGUCCCAACUCACCAGGCUCCUUCAACUAUCCCUUCCUACACAUAUCUACCAAAACUUUACGCAAUGGUACUUGGGAGCCAUGCACAUACAGUUCAAAUUACUCUAUAAAGACCCCAGUUGGAGUCUUUAAUAACACUCUAUGGGCCAAUGGAUAUAAUUCCGACGUCCCCGAUGAGCUCCAGUGGUAUCCAGAAGACUGCAUAUGGGCCAUGGACCAAGACACUGAAUGGGCCCUCUUGACCUUCCUCGACGAUCGGUUCGAUCAAAAAACACUCAAACUAGCAUACAGCCUUCGAAACCCGAGUGCGUCCGAUGGUGAGUUUUGGAUCAAGAAUCUUUACCGCAAUGGUACCACGAAUCUAGACUCUGUCGAAGCCUUCACAGCGCGAUUGUCGAGAGCAAUGUCAGCUUCCAUUCGACUACUCGACUCGAAGAAGAGCGAGAAGUCCGGUUUUGUCCAAGGCGAUGCAAUGCAGACCGAAACGUGCGUGCAAGUGCGGUGGAGUUGGGUCGCUUUUCCGGCCAGCAUAGUGGCCAUGACGUGCGUUUUUCUUGCCGUGACGGUAUGGAAGAUAUACCGUAGUGAGGCCAAGUAUGGAAAAAGGACGUGGAAAUCUUCGAGUUUGGCCGUACUCUUUGGAGGGUUGGAUGAAGCGAUUCGGCAGAGAUGCGGGCCCAUGGCCAGGCAGAGCGAGAUGCUGACUUGCGCGAAGGACUUGGAAUUAAGUUUGAGACCUCAGCAGAAUGGUUGGAGGCUUACAAAAGGUGAUUAA